UAUUUUGCUAGUCUUACCACGGUCACACUCAACUUUAUUUAUUUUGCGAUCGGAAGCCAACUGAUUCAUUGUGAUCCCCAAGAAUUGGACAGAACUUCCCCAUUAUCUGCCAGGAUGGCCUACGAGAAGCGCCUGCGAUCGCAGAACCUCGUGCAUCUGCUGCAGAACCGCGAAUCGGGAUACACCAACGCGGGCAGACAGCUGGGCAGAAUGCCGCUGUUGGCCUACGAGCGUUCCUUCUACAAGUGCAUCACGCCGUGCCUGACCAUUCCCUCGAUUACGAUUCCGCCGGUCUACCUGCGCAAGUUCACGCCGGACGGCAGCAAACUCCUGGCCUUCUCCCAGGAUCAGCGCAACCUGCUCAUCUACAGCUACAGGGGAUUUAGUUGCGCGGCGGUGGGUGAACUGAUCCGCCAGGCGGACGUGGGCAGUGUGGAGUGCUUUAGUAGCCAGGACAGCAUCCUCAAGGGCACGAUCUUUGAGCGCCUGUUUGCUAAGAAGGAGACACUGAAUCUCUGCCAAGGCGACUAUGGCCACUACUAUCUGCACCGGGAGUUCAGUGUGUUCCUGGAGGAUGGUCGGUAUGUUCUGCUCGCCGCCAUGACGGCUUUGCGCGGCGCCCUGCCGGUCAGUGAUUACGUCCGGUACCCGGAUCUGUACGACAAACUGGACGCCUUCUCGUAUGUGUUCUUUUUAGUGGAUUUGGAGCUAGGCGUGGUCACAGAUAGACUAAUACUGCCCAACGACUCCAUCGUCAUUGCCCACAACCAAGGCAUUUUCGUAUUUGACUCCACAUUAACGAUUAUGUCCCGGCUGCAUCAGUGCGUCUACGUCUACCGGGUGAAUGACGGUAAGUUCCACGAGCAGGAGACGAUUGGUCCCUGCCCGAGGGACUUUAUCGAGCAGGCUACCACGGAUUUUGACAACCUAGACGCCACCACAGUUUUGCCCAUAACGCACAUUAAACAGCGCAUCCUCAGCUUCCUGUACCGCCAAAUCGAUACCACGGAAAAACAGAAGGUGUUUUACAGGAACUUUGAGUUUAUAGAAAACAUGAUCAUGGAGAGAAUGCAACUGGUGAAUGAGGAACUUCUCCUGUUGCGCUAUGAAGAGCGCCCAAAAGAUACUGAUACCAUGCCCAUGGAUUCAUCACCCCGCUACUUGUAUGUAUUCUUUUCAAUACCUAGCGAAGAGGUGAUUGGUGUGUAUCGGAAUUAUUCCAUGGACCUGCUGCAAAUCGUACUGCAAUUCUCUGACCAGAUGAAUAAUGUGCGAUCGCUGCAAACCGGAGAUGCGCCCUCAAUGCCAAUGCAUGUCGUCCUAAAGCAAAACCUUUUGAAGGCCAAUAAAUCCUUUUUUCAACAUAUGCUCUUGCGCUUUAACCCCAUCGUACCAGUCAGCUCCCAGAGCCUCUCGCCGUCGCCCUAUCUAAGGUUCAACGAAUUCAGUUACGACAAUCGGUACAUGUCGCCUCUGGAGCGACCCCAUCGCUUCUGCGCCGAACCCAUUGUGUUUCGUGACCGUUCCACGCACUUAAUCAAGUUCAGAAUGCACGUCACGGCCCGUCGGCAUAUUAGUCCUCUAGCACCCCGGGAAUUGUGCACCUUUAUUUGGCAUCCUUUUGAGCCACUGGUGUUCAGUAUCCACAAAUGCAUGAACAGCUACACCUACCACGUGCACUUGUACAACCACAGCACGGUAGUGGAUCAGUCAAGUGCCUAAUCUGUACAUAUAUUUGUAUAUUUUUGUGUAUUACGUAUAUAUGUAAGUACAUUUAUUAUGUAAUAUAUGUGAUAUUAAAAAUCUUGUCUUCCUUCAGAAA